AUGGGAGACAUGGGAGACCCACCAAAAAAAAAAUGCCUGAUUUCCCUAUGUGUUGGUUGCAACAAUCAAAUUCACGAUCAGUAUAUUCUGAGGGUUUCUCCGGAUUUCAAAUGGCAUGCGGCGUGUUUGAAGUGUGCAGAGUGUAAUCAAUAUUUGGACAAGACCUGUACGUGCUUUGUUAGGGAUGGCAAAACCAACUGUAAAAGAGAUUAUAUCAGGUACGCCACUUACAUUCCCGCAGCCUGCGCCCCUCCUGCUGCCACCGCGCACCGGGCGCGGGAGUCGUGUCCCCCCGCCCCGCCUCGUCCACCCCUCCGAUCCCGGGGCAGCCAGGACCGUCAGUCGGAGAGGGACGAGCCGCUGCAGGGAGCAGGGCUGCGGCCGAGCACAGAGCCCUCUGCCUCCGCAGCGUGUGGAAAAGCUGUUCUAAGCACCGCAGAACCUAUCUCUGCCAGACAGCCGGCUCUGCGACCCCACGUCCACAAGCAGCCCGAGAAGACCACCCGAGUCCGGACGGUCCUUAAUGAAAAACAGCUUCACACCUUGAGGACCUGCUACGCUGCCAACCCCAGACCUGACGCCCUCAUGAAAGAGCAACUGGUAGAAAUGACUGGCCUCAGCCCGAGGGUCAUCAGGGUUUGGUUUCAAAACAAGCGGUGCAAGGACAAAAAACGGAGCAUUAUGAUGAAGCAACUUCAGCAGAUUCAGCACAGCAAACUGUCCAAUAUCCAGGGGAUGACAGGAACUCCGAUGGUGGCUGCUAGUCCGGAGAGACAUGACGGUGGUUUACAGGCGAACCCGGUGGAGGUGCAGAGUUACCAGCCGCCCUGGAAAGUACUGAGUGACUUCGCACUGCAGAGUGACAUAGACCAACCUGCUUUUCAGCAACUAGUUAAUUUUUCAGAAGGAGGACCCGGUUCCAAUUCUACUGGAAGUGAAGUAGCAUCAAUGUCCUCUCAGCUGCCAGAUACACCCAACAGCAUGGUAGCCAGUCCUAUUGAGGCAUGAGGAACAUUCAUUCAGAUUUCUGUUGUUCUUGUUUCUGUCCUUACCCCCACCCCUGCUGGAGAGAGUGGGAAAGUGAUCACGUUGGAACUCCGAAAUUUAGGGGGAAAAAGUAUUUAACAACCCUGUAAUGAACCUAGCAAGGAACCACUCCAUGAAACGACCGGAGUCAUGUUUGAAACGACAAGGUAAUAUGGUAGCAACACUGUGAAGGCAAUCAUGGGAUCUUACUAGAAUAAACACUAAAAAAAAAAAAAAAAAAAAGAAACCCCGCGCUAUUCAAUGAUCAGAGGAGGAUCGAAAAAAGACGUUUUCAAAACGUUAAGGAUUUGUACUCUGGAUCU